GUACUUUCGUAAAUUAUUAUGGAUAUCGAUAAACUGAUCGUUAUCCCGACUAUAACUACCACGAAGAAAGGAGAUUCUAAUCGAAGUGGCUUUAUGAAGAAACAUUUAACGGCCACUAUAAUAAUGAUUGUAUAUGUUAAUAAUUUUUCCCAGUGAAAGAGUUAAGUAAAAUUGCUAGUCUUGCGGUUCGCGAAUUUUAUCGAAGUAAUAUAUUGUGUUCAGUUGGAAAACACGAAUGUUACGAUCAAUUGCGAAGCAAUGUUUUUCCCUAAUUUUCGAUUUGCGAAAUAUUUAUGCAACAAAUUUAUCGUGCAUGGAAUAGAAAGUUACGUGCAAUAACGCAGUGAUCGAAGAUGUGCAUUCAAAAAAUAUUAAUUAGGAGUAACUAUCGUGUCGCGAACGACACGUUAAAACGUUGCAAAUCUACGCGCAGAUCUAAUCAUCUAUUAUACACACGUAAGGAUACAGCAAGAUGAAAAAUAAGUCUCGCAAAGAUUGCAUAUUUUUAGGCUGGUCACCUAUGCAGAAGCUUCAGAGGCGAUGAAAUUCGAACGAAAAUUCGCGCGUUCUGUGAAGCCGAUUGAUUUUUAUCGUGACUCGUUAAACGCAACGCGUUUUGAGUUAACGACUAUUAAUUAAGGAGGGUGCAUGAGUCACCGGUAUAUCGGUGCUUAAGUUCUGAAUAUUCAAAGAGCAAUGGAAAAUAUCGAUCGAGAACACGUCGCCAAGUAUAUUUCCGUCGGUUUCAAUUUUUUCUCAAGUGAAACAUCCCUUUACGAAGGCAACCAACGAAUAUCGUUAUUAUAGAAAGAAUAUUUAAAAAGAAAAAAGAAAAAAAAUGCAGUGCUUCGAAUAUUCGUAAGAUUAUAAUUAUUAGAAAGCUGGAUAAAAGAUCUGAUCGAUUUAAGUUUGCCAAAUAAUUCUUUUGAAUAAGAACGUCUGAUGUAACUUUUAUCGAUACGCUGCACAAUAAACAAGGAGUUAUCUAAUUCAACCUCUUCAUCUGCUUCCACUUAAAGCUGUAAACAAAUCAAUAAAACGUUAUCAAAUAAAAAAAGCCAAAGGUUUUGCAACACGAACGUACCGAUGCAAGAGUCGGCGAAAAAGCAAAGACUCGUUUGUUCAGGAUUGCGCCGUUGUUCGCGCGUUGCUUGCAGCAGCGCGUACUUUUCGCUUGGAUUCAUUUCGCGGAUGAUACAACACCGCGUACUGUAUCGAUAGGAAAACAGUCGGAAGAAUAACGAGAUAUCUCGGAUUUUCUCAACUACCUCGUUGCAUUCCUCGGACUUUGAUAAGGAAAAAGACCGGAAGACUAAGAUAGCCUUCGAAGGAUAAAAAUGCUAAAUAUGCAUUUUAACGCCAACGAUCGAGGCGUACAGAUAUGAACUGAGAUUUCAUUGAAACGGACUGAUCGCUUUGAAUCUUGCACGGAAUUACAUCCUGUAGUAAACAGUUACCCAUUUAACUCGAAAUCGGAUGUACCGUAUGUAACGUGGCGACGAUGAUUAUGUACACUGUAAAUAUACAGUCGAAUAAAAUAUGUUUAAAACGAAACCGAUCGAAUUUCUUUUAUAAUAUCGUUUCGUUUCACGUUUAUAGUUUUAUUCGCGUUAAAUACUCUUAUUUAAAUGUUCAUUGGUUUAUACAUAGACGAGACUCGAGUUUUCAUUUGUCGUCGUUAUAAUAUCAAUUUCUACUUCGAACGGAUUUGAUAAAUCUGAUCUCGAUGUAAAUUCCAGCGGCGUUAAUUUGACGCAACCGCGGGUUUUCAAGCGUCGCAGAAGACGCAUGCACAAAAUCGAUCACGCGAUCCGGCCGAGCCCAACUUACUUCAAUCAUGCUAAUGUUCCAAUAAUUUGGAUCCAGCAGACCUAGCUCGACCAAAUGAAUGAAUGAACGGCCUCGCCUGCCUCGCCGUGUUAUAGAAUACUCUCGUAUAACGCGUUCCUCGCCAAUAUAUUCGAUUCUGCACAAGUGUUGUAACACUUUUCGCGGUGUACGCGAUUCAGCGCGUGGGUGGAGAGACUACGGUUUGUUCGACGAUCGAUAUUACGAAGAACGCUUGAACGCUGCUUUUAUUGUCUACGAUCGAGGAACCAUUGAUACUUUUAACUGAUACAUUUAACAAACCUUUUACAAUCCUACGAGAAGCUAAAAUUAGUAUACGUAAUACGUUCACCUCCUCUGCAAUUCCAAAGGUAGAGCACACUUGAUCGAGUGAAGUGAUUCAAAGUAGAUAAGGACUUUACUCGACGGACAGAUAUCUGUAUCGAAAUGCUAAGAUCCACUGAUUACCAGCCAAUUAUUCUUACAACCAUUCAUUCAUCAUCGUAGUAAAGUAUAAGGAGCAAAACGUUAUUGAGAAAACAAAGCAUAUACGUUGUCGAAUAACACGACAAUACUAUACAGAUGUAUUUCCUUAAUUUCGUUACGAACUUACAUUCUUCUUGCAUCGUUCAUCCAAAGUCAAACGCAACUGCGUUUAUAGCACUGAAGAACCAUACGAAAGUUAAAUUUUGGAUGUUCGAGUCACUUGAUAGCCGAUCAAGUUCCCUCGAUGCCUGGUCAUCGCGCCAGCGCCUCCCGAGUGACCAACUCGUACCCUCGCUUCCUCGACGAACCGCUUAGCCGGCCAACCCCGCGGCAGUAAGGACGCGUUCGUGCUCACGCGAAGACGCGGACCGACGCCGCGGCACGUCGAUGCCGAUUACCGACGCUUCCUUGAGGCUUGCACCCUCGUAAAUGUACCCUGCCCGGCGGCUCCGAUUCGCUGUCCACCUGGUAGCCAGGUGAGAGCGACAACGGAUUUUGGCGUCCUCCGCAUCUUGCUCGUCUGCAUGAAGGACUCGAGGUACCGUGGCUUUCUUUACGUGUUUGACAAUGCUUAAAGCUUCGCCACUUUCAAGUAUUUACUCGGAGGUUCUCGUUCCAAGCGUCCGAAGUGUAUUAUUAAGUGAAACAGCGGUUGUUAAAGUGCCACCAGUUAUUAUUAACGCGCUCAGCGUGGUGUAGAACUUUGCUUGGAUAGAAAUGCUUCUAUCAAAGUAAAAGGGAGUAGAAAGUUGACUCGCGCCAGCUUGUUGCAGCGAUUGCUCGGUAUCAUGGCAAAUAUUAUGCAGGGAGCUGAAAUUAUAAAGUCGAGAGUACGAAAACAACUUUGAGGGACGUUGAACCGUUUGCGGAGUACUGAAUCAGCCGAGUAAAUCGUGUUUCCACUAUGUAUUUAGACUUUUUGGAUUAAACAGGAUAAGGAGAUUGUAAAAUGCAUUGUACAUAGACUAGAGAAAUCGCUUAGCAUCUACGAUUGCGCAGCCGAGGGAAGAUCUACCAACAGAUAUAUUCUUCGAUUUUUAUUUUCUCUAUUUGGGCUAUUUCUAUUUAGAAACUCAUUUGGAAAAGUAGAUAACGUAUAGGCUUCGGUGCCUCGAAAGGAUGAGGCGGCUCGACGACGGCCAUGUUCAACGACCGCCUCCGUUCAGGGUGCUCGCGGCAUCCGAUGGCAAUUACCUGUCACCGAACGCGAUUCCGCCACCGCCGCCGCGUGCACCCGAGCCGUACAAGAUCGCGCCCUCCACCACGUCCUCCUCGAGGGCGCAUCGUCGAUCCAGCUUCGUUAUCAUCGCGGACUCGAGGCCCGUUUCCCCGGAGGCGAGGAGUCCAUCGCCGCCGUUGGCCACUGGCAGGGUCUCGCCCUUUCGAGGACGUGGCUUUAAAGGACCACCGCCGCGAUCUAAGUCCAGGGCGCAGUCUCCGGAAUUUAUGAAUGCUCGUAGAAGAGGAAACAACGAACGACGAGUUUCAGUGUCGCAACAGAACAGCCCAAGAAGAAGCCUGAUCCCGCAACCAACGCGUCAGCGUUCGACGUCUCUGAGCAAAUCAACGGAGCGCCUUACCUCGCCGAAGCUGGGUCGUCGCGCGGAUUCGCGCACUCGCUUCAAUACGACGGAUUCCAGGAAUCGUUUGAACGCCUCUGGGAACAGUAGCAGCGUGGCAAACCUCGCCACCCGUCGACAGGCCUCGAAAACAGUCAGCAAGCUCUCCCCGAUCCAAGGAACUCCGACGAAACCGGAGAAAACGCCGCAAUUUAAGAAAAGGGAUCGUUCGAAGGAAUCCACGAGAUUGUCGCCGGCGAAGCAGCAGAAAUUUGCCGCGUCCCCAUCGAGGAAUGCUUGGAACGCGAAGAAACAAACGAACGAGAAGGUUUCCGUUCCAGGAAAAACGCAAGGCAAGGAACGAGUGGUAUCACCGUCGAAGAUUCCGCUGAAAACGAACAGAACCAACUCGAAUGUCUUGAAUCCAGCCAGAUUCAUCAAUAUCCCUAAUCCAGCUAAUGGGAAAAAUAAAAAGGCUACCGAUAAAGGGUCCAAGGAAGUUCGUAUAAGCAACGGGCAGACGAACGAGUCCACUCAAGGCAGUAAACAGUCUGACCCAGGAUCGAAAGGCUCUCAAGCUAACGAGAAGAAUUCGAGUACGGAACAGUUAGCUGAUCUGCAUCUUAUCGAUCUUUUAAAACAAACUUCUAGCGCUACAGGUACGUCUAGCGUGGUGAACACAACAGCGACGACGGCUGUUCAGCCGCUUCACAUCGACGCCAAUGCGGUUCUUAUGGAUAAAGAGAUUUCCGAAAGGAAAAGUCAGUCUGAGAAAACGAAGAGCCAGUCUGAAAAGACGAAGAGCCAGCAAGACCUGUCUAAUAGCAAAUCUUCCAAUUCAUCGAACGAUGAAAACAUCGGCAAACAAGUCCAAAAUUCUCAAGUUGCUAGUAGCGAGGAUAAUCGUCAGAUCUCCAAAUCGAACAAAUCUAACGGCAACCAUGGUCGAACGAAGGGUGGAACAGAGAGUAGAAACGAUUCGCCAGUUCCUACCGAAAAUGUUAGCGGUCAUUCGAAGAGUAACAGUACCAGUCAUUCGGUGAAAAGCAUAAACAGGGUGAUCAGUGCUACGAACAACACCGGUUCGGCGACGCAACGUUCGAACAAGAUUCAGAAUGCGGUGAACGAUCAGAAUACGAAGAAUUUCAGGCCGAACGAUCAGAAGAUCGACGAAUCUGUCUCCUUUCAACCCGUGUCAACCAACGUCCAAUCAAAUUCAACUAAAGCCAACGAGAUCGAAUCGGUAAACAGUUCCAUCAGAAAUUCUUCGGGUGCAGAGACUCAAAGGACAGCAGUUUCCGCCGCGAGUGCUUCUGUGAGACAGGAAGACGCGAGGACGAUUUCGCGGUCCACUAAUAAUUCUGGAACGAAGAUCGUAACGAAUGCAACUACGGUAACCGUGAAAAGUACUUGCGUUUCCGUGAAAGGUACUUCUGACCAAUCAACGAUAGCCUCGAGGGCGAACAACGUGUCCAACGUGGUUGGUGCGGUGAGCAACGACGCGAGAAAUGUAAAUAGCGCCGGGAUGAAAGCUCGUACCGAUAAUCACGGAAGUGGUACGUCCGUGAAAUCGUCCGCGAGGGUGUCGAUCGAUUCCAUCGAGACCGUUCGAUCUACGGACACCGGGGUGAGCGUGGACACCGUCAGAGGAGUAUCUUCGCCGAGGGAGAAAACUGGAAUGCACGUGGUGAAAAGGCCGCAGGAGAUCGAGACGUUAAGUGGGAACGUGGUGUACUUGGAGCAAAACGGCGAGCCAGCGGUACUGGCAGCAGCGAACGGCGUUGGCGAACGUGCCCCUGACAGGCUUCUUACGCGCUGGAAGAGGUCCCUGAGUCGUUGCUGCGAGUGUUGCCCAAGAAUGAGGUGCUUGGCGUGUCGUACGGACCCCAAGGGUCUUACCUGGCCCGGAAACCACGCCAGGAGCACUACGUUGGUGAACAGGAACGAGCAACCCCUGGCAAGGGACAAUGUGCCUGCUGGCUGCUGGCCUAAAUUCAAGAACAGAUGCAGAUGCAAACGACUGAAGGAAAUGAAAUGUUGCUCAAAAAGAUCGAGGGUGGCGCCGGCCGAGGCUACAGUCUGCUGUCCUCCGGAAAGAAGAUUCGGCGCUAUUUGCCGUCGUUUGUUCGGCAACUGCAAAUGCAAGCGGAACGCUGAUGCAGAACACGCAAGAAACAUACGUGCCAAGCACAGUCUUACCAGCGUAGCACCGCCCCCGUUAUCGGAGGAACCAAAAGCUAAAAUACCGGAUGUCCUGGUAGAGCACAAUUCCCUGAUGCGUGGCGCUAUUCCUUGUCUGCCAGUUCCUCUUGCUUGGUUUUGUCUCGUGUGGAACGUUCUACUGCCUGGCUCUGGCACGGUAUGGAGUGGGAUUUUCAAUUUGUGCGCCGGGCAACCGAGAUUUUCAGCGGUGGCUGGAGUGAAGUCGAGACUAGGCGCGUUCGUUGUGAACCUGAUGGUCGGGGUGGGUCAAUUAUUCACCGUUUUAUUCUGCCUAGUUGGGUGGGGCUGGAGCAUUUGGUGGGGCGUCACUUUGGUCCGUUUAGCGAGGAAGUACAAGAGGUUCAAGGCUUCCGAAGCAGCCAACAACGAUCCGGAAGCGAGGGGUGGAGAACCAGCGGCUCUGCCCCCCGGUGUACCGAGUCAUGUGUUGAGGGGGAUGGAACGGGCGCGAUAACCGAAGUCCUCGCCACAGAUUCCGCGGCAACGUUUUUAUAUUUCGUCUUAGCGAUUCUUCACUACGUGCCUUCCCGAAAGCUGCGAACAGAAAACGAAACUUUUUUUCGCUUGGUGGACUCGUACGCUAAGGAUCCGUUUAAAACAAAUGAGAAGAAAAAAUAGAAAAGCGAAGAAUUUUUUCCACGGUCCAUAGAUUAUUGUACUUUUACGAAAUCUAACGAAGAAAUACAUCGGACGAUGCAUGUAGCUUUGUUUCGCGGUAAAUGAAAUUCGAGGCAAUUUUCUCGUCGAAAAAUUAAUUCGCGAAAGGAGAAUAACAUUGGUACAGAGACAUAAAAAUGGAAAAGAAAACACAGAGAAGAAACAAAAGACGACGUUACGUGGUUGUUCGCGAUCGAGGAACGAAACGAAGUUCUCGGAAAUUAAUCGCUUUCAGUGAAAGCAUACCUAUUCGUGGCGUUCUUUCAAAAUGUACUCGUUGCGUCGAACGGAAAUUGCUUUUUAUUUUCGCUCGUCCUUUCUUCCGUGCUCACAGCGGCGAUACAGCGGUUUUAGUCUUUUCUUUUUUUCUUUUUCUCCAUUUAUUGUAUUUUUAUUCCGAAAUGAGAACGUCGAACAAACGUUUCGCGGUAGAAAUCAAAGAAGAAAGACAAAGCACGUGACCUUACUCUCUCUCUCUCUCUUUCUUUCUCUCUCUCUCUCUCUCUUUCUCUCCCUCUCUCUCAGCCUCGUUCAAAGGUAUUUUUCUUUCCUACGUCGAUGGAAUAAAUACGUUUUGAAAAAACGCACUUUAUAUUUUUACAAGCGCAACACAUAUUAUAUGUAUACAUACAUUCAUAUAUUCAACUAUCCGACUUAUUCAACUUACAACUAAAAAUCCUUGUAAAUAUGAAAAUAUAUUACUUACAUCGGUUUUUAAUCUAAUCGCUGCUUCUGGAAUUGUUCCCUCCUUUAUAUCCCUUAAUCGCAGUGUAGAGAAGAUUCUAUGGUAUUUUGUUUCUUUUUUUUUUUAUCAUUUUGAUCUAUAGACAAUAGCAUAUGGUUUAGUACAAAUAUCCGAUUAUUGUCGCAGUGAAUUUUUCGUUCGAAGACUAUACAAGCUUCUAUCGAUCAUCUGGAAAGUUUAUUUAAGAGUCACAUUUAGCAAAAGCAUCGAAGGAGUAUGACGAGUCCUACGUAGCAUAGUGACGAUUUAAAACAGAUUUCCUGUGUGUUGCGUUUCGUCUGAAUAAUCCGUUGCAGUGUCGUGUGUUGUGGUCUAGUCCUGUGUAGUAUAACUUUUCAGACGUGUAAUCGAUAUUGAAAACGCUCUAAACACUUAGAUCGAUUAUUUCAAUUCCAUGGUGUCCAAUCGUUUCGAACUUUAACUUGAAAAUUUUAGAAACGUUACGUUUCGGAACAGCAACUCUACAUAAAAAAUUUCAAAAAGUACGAAUUUUAACUUCCAAUAUUCUCGACUGUCAACUUUCGAAUUGCAAAUCGUUCGUUUGGAAAAUUUCGUUGCAGAUUAUCCGAAGGAUGGAGAUGUUUUAUACUUUUUCUUCAAGGACCGUUCCAUUAACAUAAACUCGAUAGGAUAUUUCCAUACGAAACGACGCGCGCAAAGUGGAUCUUCUGGUCGUAACACCACAGAAUCGGACUGGUUCUUUCGAAUAUUAAACAAUUUCCAAUGGAUAACCGUGCGUAAUCACUGCAUGCGACAAUGUAAAACGUGGAAACGAGAACAUCGGUGAAUGUUCGGUGGUUGAUUUUCGUGCGGCAGAAGAAAACAAGACACGUAACGGCCGACUGUUGAAAACGUGCGCAUGCUUGCGGCCAAGAUCUAGCGAAUAAACUACUAAUAAAAGCUCGCGCGAAUCGAUUGCAUGCACAAGCAGCUCUAUUUCAAGCAGUCCUUAUCAAGAUCCCGUUAUUUUCGCUUUAUCGAAGGACUCAACCGGCCCAGUCUAGUUUCUUACAACGUUUUACGCGUUUCAUCGUGAUAGAUACGCUCACAGUUUGUCACCCUUAACGUGCAAAUGUUUAUCAUGUUGAUAGAUGGUCGAAUGGUCGAAUCGACGUGACUUGGUGUGAAAUCAGUUCAAGAAAAAAAGAAAAAAGAAGGAAAAAUAAAGUGAUCGUGUAUCGUGUUAGGAGAAUUUGAUGGUUUUAACCAAACAAUACGUAUAUUUGUAUGGUAUAAUUUUUUAAUAAGACCGUCUAUGAUAAACUGUGGAUCGGUGUCGUUGGCUCGUGAGUGACCUGUAACUGUUUGCGCUAGAUUACUCGGUUUUAAAGUUCACUUCAGUCUAGUUUAUACGCUAUGUUUUACUAAAGAUCAUUAAUGUCAUUUAUCGUGUAAAAUAUAGGAUACGAAUUGAAAUCAGGUGCUCCAAUUUCAUUCGGAUGAUUCUAAUUAGAUAAUUCAAUUCAAACUUUUACGAUCAUUUAUAACAAUGUCAGUCGAUGGUUAAACAAAGGAUUAAAUUUUAGAUUACGUUUCCUCUUGAUAAUUUUAAACUCGAUUUUCAAAUGAAAUACGUUUUCUGGAAGCAAUUUCGAAAGUAAUAUUCGUAAGAAAGAAAGCAUAAUCGGAUUAAAGAACAUUUUUCUUUAAGUAUUUGAUGAAUUCGUAAUUUGUUUCGACCAACACCGUACACGGGAAGUCACACGCGAUCGUAUGGAAAUUCGAUGUAAUUUGUGGCAACGUUUUAAGCAAUAAAGUGUUCGGAUUUGUCGUGUAUUUCCACUGGGGAAUCGCACGAGUCAUCUUAUCGUGGCGUUUGCGCAAUGAUAUUACGUGAAAAUUGAAACACAAUGUUGUUUCCACGACUUUGCACCACUUUAUACCCUCGCCUUGGGGAAUUGUCAACGAAAAAUAGAACAGUUGGAAUUAUGUGAGGCGCGUUGCAUUGUAUUCCUUUGUCUGCAAGCUGAUGGUGAUUAUGUGACAAAGAUAGCGUAAUUCAGUGUUGAAAUUCUCAAGCGAAAACGUCGAGAAUUAAUCUGUUUGGGUUUCAUUCGGAAAUAUUUAUUUUCUUGGCUCUUUUACGGAUUAGUAAGGAAUAUCUUUGAAGGAUUUUCACGUUUCCUCUUGUUGUCGUCUCAUAUGGGAAGUCGUGGGAAUAAAAUAGAACUAAAAGUUGUAUUCGUAAAUGACAGGUUAAAUAUUUAUACUUGACGAUGGAAAGUAUUCGUUUGGUGAAAUCUCGUAACGAAACAGUAACAAUUGCAUAUUCGGUUGUAACAAACGUACGAUAAAUUAAAAAAAAAAUAUUUACUCGUAAAAUAUAUGACGAUCGACGAAUAGGAACGAAUGGGAACGAAAUUUUCUCGAUAAAUUCGUUGUUUUACAUUUCGCUUGAAACGACAUUUUCGUGCUAAUUUAAACUUUCAAAUUCAAUUUCAACUAGGAUACAUAGUAUAUUAUUUAAAGUUUUUACAUUUAAAACUUAAUAUUAUCUAUUUCGACAAUUGCUCGCGGAAAUGAUAAAACGUAUCUACUAACCGCGAAGUACAACACGAUUGAAUCGGUCGUUUUGAAAACAAAAUAAAAAUCAAAAGUUCACCGAUUACUCGCGUAACUAUGUUUCUAAACAAAUAACAAUUCGCAAGUAAUUCCUGUUCAUUUUUUUAAAUAUAAAUCUAGUACAAAGAAAUAGGAACAAAACAGAUUGUUUAUCGAGUAGAUCUCGGUGGAAAAUCAGGUCGUUCUCGAAACGAUCGAUUCCAUUCGUCAACCAUAAAAAAGUAAACAAUAACUUACAAUAAACGAGGAUCGAAAACAGAAAUUAACAAACCAUGGUCGUGAACCGGAGAUGGCGAUGGUUGACACACGGUAUCAUUUGCAAAUCUCGGAGGGAUUAAAAUUAUUGUAUCUUUGAGUAGUAAAGGUAUAUAUACAUAUAUAUAUGUAUAUAUAUACACAUAUAUGCAUAUAAUAUGCAUGGUAUAUGGUGUGGGUGUCAAUGAAUCGAGUCGCUGACGCUGAAUAUAUUGAGUAGUAUAUGUUUAAUGAUGUGACUCCAUUAAUAUGUCAAUAUGCACAGGUAAAUAUUUCUUGUUAUUAUAUAAUAGAAGUGUUACAGUGUGUAAUGUGAUACGAUAAUAAAUUUAAUAGUAAUCAUAUUAUAAUUAAGAACUUAAAAUAACUCUAAAGGGUAAACUACAUCACUAUCGGCUAGCGACUAUUUAGCGAUAAUAAUAGCCUACCAUGUCUUUUACUAGCGGCGCUCAGUGAGUGUGCUCUUUUCAUUAUUCUUUCUUUCUUUUUUUUUUCAACAUACCUUUCAUUCUUCUUUCUCUCUCUCCCUUUCUCUCCCACUCUCACAUUCUUCCUCUCUCUCUCUUUCUCUCAACGUGUAAUUAUUAUUCCUCUGUGCUCGAUGUUCCUUUCGUACCUAUGUUGUUCUCUCCCAAAUAUUCAUUUCUUUUCUCUUUUUCUUUCAUGUAUUUCCUGUAACUCGUCGUUCGUUAUCGUGUCCCUUGCAACCUGUCGCUUCUACAAACAUCAACCGAUUCAUUCCAGCUGCUUUUCACGUCUCUGUCCACGUUUCCUCCGCCUUCUUUUCGCUCGCUCGCGAACGAUAUACCAGUCCGUAUUCCCGGUUUUCCUCGUCGAUUACUCUCCCGUAUCGUUCGACCAUCCUAAAACCGUCCGAUCGACGAAUCUCUCGCGUACGAUUGAAAUAGAAUGAACAGCGUACGCGAGAAAUUCACCAACGAGUAUCUAUAAUUUAGAAUGAUUUCCUUAAAUAAGCGUUUCGUUCGAAACGCAUCCUUUCAAACUUACAUCCGACAAGAAGAACAGCAGAAGACAAACGUUAAUGGGGGUGAUUUCGACAGCGGAUUGUGAAAAGCGGUCUUCGUGAACAGAGAGCUCGAAGCAGGCAUCGAAUUCUCGCGUGUAUUUUUUUCUGUUUUCUUUUCUUUUCUUUUUUCUUUUUUUUUUUUUUUGCCUGUUUCUCAAUUAUAGACACACGUGUACAAGCGUCCCACAUACCUCUAGGACCGUGGUGUGUGAGCGUCGAAUUCAGUGGAUUGGUUGACGAGAUGUUCGCAUAAAGAAAUGAAUGAAUGAGUCAGACUGUCGGUGAUCUUUUUAUACACAUACACAUACAUAAUAAUCGUAUAUAAACAUGAAUGUGCGUGGAUCGUGGGUGGUGUGCUGUUGUGUUCAGUGUGUGACGGUCUACGUAUUUAAAUGAUUUUUUUUAUCUCGUUCUUCCUUAUUAUUCGUUUUACUAUUUCGCUUGCUUUUUUUUUUUGUUUCAGUUUCUUUUACUUUAUACAUGUAUGUUCUUUUUGUUGGCGAGUGUACGUUUUGUCCAAGUUUCAACGCGAUUUUGUUUUUUUUUUAAUAUUUUGUUAAAUACAGGCGGUGAUGAAACAGGAUCGAAAAACGUUAAAAAUCGCGUUUGUCGCCUGGUUCAUUCCGCCAGUAAUUCGUGCCACGAUAUUCUCUUCCGUGUUUGCCAUUUGAACCUAAGGAAAAACCGUCUGGUCGUUCCUCGAGGGCUUCGCGUAUCAUGAUGCGCUACUAUUUGCUUUAACGAACGUCUUACAAAGUGCUACCCUGAAGCAGGAGCUCUGUGUCGCGGCUACGAUGUGGUCGAAAAGUGCCACUAGAAACGUGCUGUCACAUCCUCGCGCGUGUCUCUACCCAUUUCUAACUCCUUUUAAAUAUUUUCUUCGAUUCUAAUAAUUAUCUCUGUGCUACUUUUAUUUUACCUUACUUUUUAUAUUUUUUAUACCUUAGUUUUUGGUCUCGUGAUUUCCUCGUUUACGACUAGUAACAACCGUUCUAGUGGACUUCGAGCUGGAUGAUUGAGAUGAAUUACUACGGGAUUGCACGAAACGAAGAGGAUACCUCGUGUUCCAAUUAAGCUGCUAUAUAGCUUUGAAAAGCGAAUCACGAACGAUGUAUGUUUUUAUUGUUUAGUUUCUUUUUUACGAUUUUGUUUAUUCUCACCCUCUCACCCUCUCUCUCUCUCUCUCUCUCUCUCUCUCUCUCUGUGGCUGUUAUAUUAAUUCCUUUUUUUUUAUUUUCCGUUGGUUCUCCCGCUUUGCUUUCCUACGAUUCUAUUUAUUCUUCGUUUUGUUCGUUUAUUUCUAUAUGUAUACGAGUGUGGGAAACGACGCGGCUGGCACACACGACGACGGAAAAUUCGGUCGAAAAGGGUAACAAUUCCAGAACUAAUGGGAUUUCAAUUAUUUAUAUUUCAUAAUCAGUUUUUCUAUAUAUAUUUUCAUUUCUUUUUUCUUUCAUAUAGAAUCUGUAGAUAAUACAUUCUUGGCAAAUCCGAAAAAACUGAUUCCAAAAUAGGAACAGAUCAUUGUGCGAACUAUGUAUACAGGGUGCAAGUUUUGUUUUUUUUGUUUUUUUUUGAAUAUUCCUUCAUUUCCGUAUGUAUCUUUUUUUGUUGUUGUUGUUGUUUCUUUCUGUUUCACUGUUUCAUUGGCUUUCUUGUUUAAUAUGUUGUGAUUAUUGUUGCUGUAUAUCUUUAUCUUUGUUACUGUUGUCGUCGCGAGAAACACACGUGCGUGUAUAUCGAAUGAAUUAUUUCCUGCUCGAAACUAUGUAUAUCUAUAGUAAUAUAUAUGCUGUUUCCUUUGCGUGCUUGGGUGUGUGUGUGUGUGUGUGUACGCGCGUGUGCGUGUGUAUGUGAGUGUUAUAGCUUUCGUUCGUUUCGUAUUUUUCUUUAAUUGUUUGUUGUUUUCGUUUAAUGCUUGUUUGUUUAUUAUCGUUAUUAUUUUAUUUUUUUGGUUCAAUCAGCAUCUUUCUUUACUUUUUUCCCAUUAUUAUUUUUAAUUUUUCAUCUGAACGGUGGUACAUUUGAUAGGGUGCACAGGGCUGCUAGGCACAGAUAAUUGACUCGCAAAUAACUCUUCAAACAACAUUAGAGCGUACGACAUACAAGUAUUAAUAUACACAUUACAUCAUUAAUUAUUAUUAUUAUUUUUUUUUUAUCCUUUUGUUUUCGUUUAAAGAGUAAUCAUAUAUUGGAGUGUGUCUGUCUGUCUGUGUCUCCUGUCUGUUCGCCGUUGUGUGAAUGUGUCACCUCUUCGUUCGAUGUGUGUUUGAAUAUCUACGAUCGCUUCUACGUGUCGUAUCUGAUGUUUUUCUUUCUUAAUUUUCUAAUGUCUCGAAUGAACGUGCGCUGCGACAUCACAGACUAAUUAUGGAUGGUUAAUGCUCGUAUCCCGAGUAUCGAGACUUAUAAAACAAGGUCGUUUUGCAACCACUGUAGAUCGCUGCAGUUGCGAUUUUCCGACAUUUUCUCGCUUCGCGAUUUGUUUUAACAUUACAUAAAAGCUGUAAAUUAUAUAUAUAUAAAACAAGGUUGAUCACUAUAAGUUUUCAACAACAUUAAAAUUUCAACUUUACGCUAGAUUUAGAAAUCACGUUUCCAAGUCACUUAAAAUUCAAACACGUUGACGCUAAAAUUUCCCCUGGAAAGUUGAAAAAUGUAUAAUUAAUCGAUUAAAUUAAUCAACGUAACUAAACUUAAAAUAUUCUGAUCUCCGCACUCGAAGAUCGUCAACCUCGAAGAGCAUGGCGCCAUCUUUCCCCUCCGUAUCGAUCCCGAAAUCGCGACGAUCCAAUGUCUCGGUGUGGCGAAACGAAACCUCGUUCAACGAAGAAUAGCAUUACCUAUCCAUCUUCGGCUAUCUUGACGCAGUGCCUGGUUGUCGUGUUGGUCUUGGUGUAUGUUCAAUGACGUGCGAUGGUGAGUGUUUGGUGAAUGUAUAAUACGUGUACCGAUGUCGAGUAUUUCGAGUGUGUGAUGUUGCUGAUGCGUGUACAAUCAAUGUAUAAUAAUGUAUACAGUGUCAACAAAUUCUUAUUACAAUCUAGUUUGUCUUUUGACGCAGCGAUGGGAAGACAGAGCAUAGAGACCCUUCUUGGCUCAGAUGUACAAUAACGAGGUGGAUUAUGUUCUUUUUUUUUUCUUUAGUUUAGGAGGAGGAAAUGAAAAGGAACGAUGAAGAGGGAUAGGAGAGGGGAGGGAAUGAUUUUGUUUCCUUUGAUCUUUUUUUCAAAGGGAGAAAAGGGAUAAAUUUGGUAUGUAUAGCCUAAAAUUUUCACAGCGUGUAUAAACGAGACGCCGAAAUAGAGACAAAAAGGGACAAGGGGGGAGGGGGAGGGGGAAAGAAACGCGUAUCAUUGUUGAAAAGGACACGUUUCUAGAAUUAAACGUUUCGAAACAUUGAUAUGGCGUAUGGUAGUGCUUUUGGGAUACGUAAGAUUCUGAUAUGUGGGGCAGGUAUAUGUUACUUGGUAAUACUUAGAGGGGAAGGAGGGAUCGCUAAAAAGGUUACUGCGCUUUGGUUUAUUUUGUUUGGCCCAGGGCGGUUUCCGGUGUUGCAGCGAGAAAGAACGCGCGAUUGCUUGAUGCUUUAUGGCACUCGAAGCUGCUUCCAUCGAGUAUAUCCGGAAAGAAAUCUCGGGCAACGAUGUUUCAAACGUUGUUUACAGCGGCUUAAACAAACACUGGAUAUCGUAAGAAAUAAAAAAAAAGAAA